AACACAAGCCCAGCACGUCCUCGCCUCAUGCUGCGGCCACGCAAUCACGUCCCAGCCCUUGCCUCGCACACACGCCCUCAAGCCGCCACCCGCAAUCCGAUAACUUCACCAUCAUCCACCACAGCUACAUCACGGCAAUCAUCAUUCCUCGCGCUCAGCUCGCUGCGACGCACCAACAGACCGCAACGUGACUUGCUGUUGAUCACGAGUUGAUCGUUACCCUGUCGCCAUGCCGCAGUACAAGUUGAUCUACUUUGACGCACGGGGUCGGGCCGAGCUGACGCGCUGGAUUUUUGCUUACGGCGGCAUCGACUACGUGGACGAGCGAAUCAAGAAGGAGGACUGGCCUGAGCGGAAGAAGUCAAUAUUCAGCGGGAAGGUCCCCGUGCUGAUGGUGGACGACACGACGGUACCAGAGUCCCGUGCCAUCGCUCGCUACGCCGCAAAACUGGCCGGUCUAUAUCCAGAUGAUGAUUUAGAUGCUGCCCUAAGUGACGCUAUUUGUGACAAAAUAGCGGACACAGUCACACAGAUCUACAAGAUCAGGUUCUCUGAGAAAACUGAGGAGGAAAAGAAGAAGGAAUUCGAAGAAGAUUUAUAUCCAAACGUUAUGAAACCCUUCCUGGAGAGACUGGAAAAGUGGCUCACAAACAAGGAAUGGUUUGUACCGAACAAGCCUCAGAUAAGUUGGGCUGACUUAUGCAUUUCCCAGACGCUUGGCACUAUGCUUGAUAAGGCGCCAGAGAAGCUGGAGCCCUACCCAACCGUGCUGGCUCACGUCCAGAAGGUUCGCGAGAUACCGAGUAUCAAAAACUGGAUCGAGACGUCACCACAGACCCAAUUCUAAUCUAAUGGAGGUGUCUGUGUGUGCUAUGCAGGUCUGUAAGCCGUGUUCUCUUCCAUGGUAUCUGCUUCUAAACUUCUAGAAAUCCCUGCAAUUAAAGGCACUAGCUUCUGAUUUGUUAACAUUAGUUCGCUUAGCGUCACCUUUUCAGGAACCCCUUACCCACACACACUCCUGCUUCUAAACACCAAGAAAUUAACGGGGACAGAGGGAGAGAAGAAAAAUCUGUAUUUCGUGACAUUUUCAUAACAAAACUGACCCCAAACAAACACCAAUAUUUUGCCUACUCAAGAAAAUGAGGUAAUUCAUGAGCAAUAGAACUCGUAAGCAAUGAAAAUUUUCAUAAUGUUUUCCCUGGGAGCAGCAUGCAAUAGAACCAAGUUAUUUGUGUCUAAUAUAUAUCUAUUUGGUUUACAGUGGUGUGGCCACUACAAUGAUAACAUUUAUAACUAUUGUGCUUUGCGAGGUAUACCUGCAUUUUCAUCGAUGUAUGCUAGGCUUAAUUAAUUAAACAUUUAGCUCA